CGCCUUUAGCCCGCCUCCUCCAAUCGCAGCCGCCCUUACUGCCGGGUGGGCCGAGCUGCCCGCCUGCACGCCCAGCAGAUCCGAGGCUCGGCCAUGUCGGCUCCAGACUCGGGCAGUGGCCCUCCUCCUGGGCAGCCAGCCUCAUUCCCCCCGGCCCCACCACCACUUCCAAUUCUUCCUCCUCCCUUUAUGCCUCCUCCUGGGAUUCCACCACCAUUCCCCCCAAUGGGACUGCCCCCAAUGGGUCCACGCCCGCCACCCAUGCCCCCCAUGCCCCCAGGCAUGAUGCCGCCUCCACCAUUGAUCCCACCCAUGCCUGGACCUCCACCCAUGGGACAGAUUUCCACAAUGGUGCCACCUAUGCUUCCUGGAAUGAUGAUGCCUGGGGUGCCAACUGGCCCUGUUUCUGUCUCUGGAGGGGCAGCUCCCGUGGCAGACCCAUCCAGUGCCACUGUGACCCAGGCAGCCCCUGUGAAGCCUGCCUGGAGUGAGCAUAGAGCUCCUGAUGGGCGCAUUUACUACUACAAUUCAGAAACCAAACAAUCAAGCUGGGAAAAGCCAGAUGAACUCAAGUCCAAGGCAGAGCUCUUGCUUUCACGCUGCCCCUGGCGUGAGUAUCGCUCAGAGACUGGGAAACCCUAUUAUUACAACUCUCAGAGCAAGGAGUCGCGUUGGACCCGGCCCCGUGAGCUUGAUGAUAUUGACGCACUGAUCAAGGAGGAGGAAGAGGAGUUGGAAAGGCAGCAGCUGCAUGAGACUCCUUUGUCAGGUCCUGCCAGUCCAAGCCCAUCUUCUGCUGCCACGUCAGACACGGAAGGGACCGGUGGCGUUGAAGGACAGGAGACCUCAGGCACUGAGGGGAUUCCCCCUGCAGCUGAGGAGGAAGCUAUAAGCAGUUGCGGUCCUGGACAGAAAGAUGAGGAAGAUCAAGGCACCAGCAAUGCCUGGAGCAGCAAGGAAGAAGCAAAACAUGCUUUUAAGGAGCUGCUCAAAGACAAGGGUGUCCCAGCAAGCGCAUCGUGGGAACAGGCCAUGAAACUUAUUAGUAAUGAUCCACGAUUCAGUGCCUUGCCAAAGCUGAGUGAGAAGAAACAAGCAUUCAACGCCUACAAGGCCCAACGGGACAAGGAGGAGAAAGAGGAGGCCCGUCUCCGGGCAAAGGAGGCCAAAGAGGAGCUGCAGCACUUCUUGGAAGAGCACAGCAAAAUGAGCUCCACCACCCGCUACAGGAAAGCAGAACAGAUGUUUGGGGAGCUGGAAGUGUGGGCCAUGGUGCCGGAGCGUGACCGCAAGGAGAUCUAUGAUGACGUUCUGUUUUUCUUGGCAAAGAAGGAGAAGGAGCAUUCCAAGCAGCUGCGCAAGAGGAAUAUCCAGGCUCUGAAGAGCAUCCUGGACAGCAUGAGCCGCGUCAGCUUCCAGACCACCUGGUCCGAGGCCCAGCAGUACCUGAUGGACAACCCCAGCUUUGCCGAGGAUGAGGACCUGCAAAACAUGGACAAGGAAGAUGCCUUGAUCUGCUUUGAGGAACACAUCCGGACUCUGGAAAGGGAGGAAGAAGAAGAGCGGGAGCGUGGCCGUCUGCGAGAAAGACGCCAGCAGCGCAAAAACAGGGAGGCCUUUCAGGCCUUCUUGGACGAGCUUCAUGAAAGUGGGCGCCUGCACUCCAUGUCCACCUGGAUGGAGCUGUACCCCUCGCUCAGCACUGACCGACGCUUUGCCAACAUGUUGGGUCAGCCUGGUUCCACUCCUCUAGACCUGUUUAAAUUCUAUGUGGAAGACCUCAAGGCACGCUUCCACGAUGAAAAGAAGAUCAUCAAGGAUAUCCUCAAGGACCGGAACUUCAGUGUGGAAAUAAAUACGACCUUUGAAGAUUUUGCCCAUGUCAUCAGCUUCGACAAGCGUGCGGCUACUCUUGAUGCAGGCAACAUUAAGCUGACUUUCAAUAGUCUGCUGGAGAAGGCUGAAGCACGGGAGCGGGAGCGGGAGAAGGAAGAAACUCGUAAGUUGCGGCGCAAGGAGGCGGCAUUCAAGAGCAUGUUGCGGCAGGCUGCUCCCCCUCUGGAGCCAAAUACCACCUGGGAUGAGGUGCGAGAGCGGUUUGUCAACAACAUAGCCUUUGAACAGGUCACGCUGGAAUCAGAGCGAAUCCGUCUCUUUCGUGAAUUCCUGCAAGUGCUGGAGACGGAGUGUCAACACUUUCAUGCCAAGGCUAAGAAGCAUGCUAAGAAGCCCAAGAAACACCAUCACAAGCGCUCUGCUUCGGGCUCAGAGUCGGGCUCAGACCACCCCCACCGUGCAGCCAAACGCAAGAAACGGAACCAUUCUGAAUCUGCUGGCUCAGGAGCAUCUUCCUCGCCUGAUUCAGAGCACAGCACCAGGCGCUCCAAGAGACAAAAGAAGAAGAGCAAGAAAAAGAGGCAUAAAUCGAACAGCCCCGAAAGUGAAGCCGAGCGCAAGAAGGAACCCAGCCGCCCUGACGAGUGGGAGCGGGAGAAGGCUCCUCCGAGGCCUGAGGGAAGAGGCCACUCCCCUCCCCAGGGUGCCAGGAGGGAGCGGAGUGGCUGGGAUACCUCAGAGAGCGAGGAGCUCAGUGAAGGGGAGCUAGAACGGCGGCGCCGAACUCUUUUGCAGCAACUGGGUGACCAGUAGCAGCUGCUGCUUUCCUUUGGGAUUUCCUUCCCCCACCCCCAUUACAUGUGAGGCCCAGUUGGUCCCAGUUGUUUUCCUUCAGCCCCAAUGGCAUCCAAGCCAAGUGCGUGCAUUGCUCUGACUGGAACCUGCUUGAUCAGGCCACAGGCCCACUUGGUAACUGUUUGCUUACUUCUGCGGCAGGAAUGUCACCCUGCCUCCUGGAGGGAACAGUCUCCAUCAAUUUGCUCUGUCUGCACAGAGAGGGGUUUUGGAUGGAACAUCUGGACCGCAGUGGCAUCCACAAAAUUCAGCACUAGCUCUGGGAUUCAGCCGGAAGAUGAGAUAGGAUGGUGUUGGCUCCUGCCUGCAUUUGUUGGAAACCAGACCCUGGACUGAAUGGAACCACUUGAUCUAGAAUCAGGCCGGCUGAGAACAGCCACUAGCAGCCCCAUGUGCUUUGGGGUCAGGGAUGGAGUGUGUGGGCCUGCCCUCAGUUGUUAGUUCCUGUGAUUGGAUCUCUCUUGCUAGUUGCGAUAUAUCCCUUGUGUGUUGGGGAUUCAAUGGGAUUUUUAAAAUAAUAUUUAUAAGCCUGGAACACAGAUGUAUUGUAACUUCCUGUAAAUGGUUGGUUUAAAUGUGAGAUUGGCUUCAGAUUGGCCUAAUGCUGGGUAAUGCUGGGCCUGAGCUCUGUUUCUUGGCCUGUUAGGAAACUCUUCGGGUUGCUUUAUGACAUAUCUGGGACCCUGAUUAGAUGGAAAGGCAGUAUAAAAAUGUUUCAAAUAAAUAAAAGUGUCUGCUUUUUGAGACCCAA